AUGGGCAAGGAGGACGACGUCUCCCGCGCCGUCGUGGAGGACGACACGGCGCUCCUCCUCGCGGCGGUGGACAGCAUCAAGAAGGCGGCGCUGGGCCGGCUGCGCAACGGCUCCGACGCCGCCAGGAUCCUCGACCAGGAGAUGUCCAACAGGCUCCUCCACCUCGCCUGCAGGCACGACGCCGCCGAGUGCGCCAGGCUCCUCCUCGACGGUGAGUACGGGAUCACGCCGGCCUCCGUCGACGCCAGGGACCAGCUCACGCGUACACCGCUCCACGUCGCCGCCGACGCGCACUCCAAGAGGUGCAUUCAGCUGCUCCUCUCCAGAAACGCCCGGACGGACGUCAGGCUGCUCGACGGCACACGCCUCGUCGCGCUCGAGGUCGCGCUCAUGAGCAGAAGGGUUCAAGUUGAUUGGUCACCGGACAACUCGGUCGAGGAUCUUCUGGCUUAUCUGCAACAAAAGGAUCUGAACGCGGUGAGGCUUCUGGCAGAGAAGACCAGGGAGGUUGGGAAGGUGGCUUAUAGAUACGCCAUGGAGGGGCGUGUCGCUGCACUCGCAAUGCUGCUCCUGGUGGCUGAGGAAAGGAUAUCGGCGAUGAUGAGCGUGGUGAUUGAUGGCGUCAGGACAAAGAGAUCAAUUUACAACUCUGUUGUGGAUGAGGUUCUGUCGAUUGGAGAGGCUUCAGCUAGAGACGGCAAUGAAAUGAGGACGAAAGCCUUGCUCUGUGAGAUUCAGCUGCUUAACCAAUUUGGGGCCACGUCGUGGAGGGACCGAAAAGUUGACAGGAGAAGCUUGCCCCCUCUACUUAGGGCUGCAAAGGCCGGAGAUAUGAAUGUCAAAAAGAUGCUUCUGAUGGGGGAUGUUGAUGUCAAUGAAACUGACCCCGAAGGAAACACGGCACUUCACUGGUGCCUCAGUAGUAGCUCAAGCACACAGGAGCCAAGGAUUGAGUGGCUCCUGCUGAAGAAUGGUGCCAGAGUUUUCCAGGGGAACAAACUAGGUCUCACACCAGUGCACAGUACUGCAGCUAAGGACAAUUACAAGGCUCUUCAGAUUGCGUUGAUAUACCUUCCAAGACCAAAGAAACCCCAUUAUUCCUUGCAGCGAAAAAUGGUUCUUUGA